UUAAUGUGGGAUUUUUGAUUUUUAUUUUUUCUUAGACCAACUUCAGUUUUUGCAAGUGACGAUGCAUUGGUCUUACAUAAUUUUAAGAAUAGCUAGCUCACUCAAUAUUACUCUGACCAUGAAUUGUACACCUCCAAUUCCCACUGGUUACAUUAUACAUAUAUAGGUCUAUCGUUUACCGAUAGUUAUCGUUAACGCUAUUGAAUGGUAUGGUUCCUUUUUUUCAGGAUGAGGAACCAGAAACCAGCUGGAUGUUAAUUCAAGAGAAUGAUCUAAUAGCAUUAUUCUCACAGUUCCCUUUUGAUGCCAUUUUCAAGCACCUUCUUAAAAUGGAUCCUAACAUCCAUAAUGAUAGCUUGACUGAAUCACAUUACCAUGUAGAACAUACAACAAGCCGCGACAUAAUGAGAAUGUUGGCAUUUGCUUCUUGUAUUGUGUAUGUGAUGGGAAGUGCUUUCCGCACCUAUGCCAAAAUACGUUACAGGGCAUUUGUCAAGAGAGUGGGGCGAACUAUCAGGCAAGUUGUUCAGUAUGUGUUAGAUCAUUGGUCAGACUACAGAAGCUGGAGAGUUAAUGUCUGUGGAGAUUCCAUCAGUGCUGUUCCAGAUUUCUUUCCCUCUGUUAAUCAAUACUCAUUACAAAGGCUUCAAGUUGAGGUAGAUCAGUUCUUUCUCCGAGCAGCUCAACAGAUCAUAUCAGCACACAGACUUGGUGCUUGGCAGUUCUUAGCUGACAUGCCCUUUGGUAGUGUUUCAACUGAAACCCUGUGGAAGCUGUUCUGGGCACUUCAUGGGGAUGUCACCAAACUUGAUUCUGUUGAAAGUCUUCAAAGAGAGGAUUCCAUCUGGGACAACUGGAGAGAAGCACUGCAGAGUCGUCAAGAGGAAUUUACUGACCAACUUGCAAGAAUGUCGCAGUCUGAGGCUAUCUUCUUGCUGACUACUUUUGCCAACAUAGCUACUUCAAGAGAUGGCAAAGAAUGGGACUUAAUUGAAGCAAUCACAACUGAAGUUUACAAGGUUUCCUUCAUUGCCAGUCAAACAAGGGAGUCAACCUCCAAGACUGGUAGAUAUCUUCUGGGAACCAUCUCUAACAGUCAUCCUUUUGUGAUAUCGGUUUUGCUUGAGAAUGUCAAUGCAACUCUUGAUACUAUAGGGAAGGCUUGUGUUUACCUGUUCAGUGGCUUAUCAAUUCAUCUAUGGCAUCCGACAUACAAAAACAUGGACUUCAUGAUUUCCUGGCUGUUGAAGGCUGACUUGUCCUCUCCAGAACACCAGCUAGCUCGCUACAUUAUUUCCAACUUAAACUGGGGACAUGUGGGAGAGCCUGGAGAGAGUGAUAAGCUGUUCCUUCAUCAGUGUUGGCACAGAGCAUUAGCAGUCUCACUUGUUGAAGUAUCAGCAUUACGUUUACCAAACAUGCCUGGAGGAAUAGCACAUGAAGCUUUUAAGGAAGACACUGGACUCCUUAGACAGGUAGCAUUGAUAGCGACGUCGUCUUACAAUCGUAUGAUGCAGCCAAAUUACGAGCAGCAGUUGUAUGAGUGGGUGUGGGAGAUGAUGUUAACUCUCAGGCUUCACCUAGCUGAUCUGCCAAUGCCAGUCAUGCAGUUCACACGGCAACUCCCAAAUGAAGAGGAGUUAGAAGCAAGUGGAGAAACACGCCCUGGUUUUGCCAGCUUAGUGAAGUCUCUGUCAAAGGAAACACUGGAACUCGCUAACGAGAAUUCCCUUGCAAGCACGACCCAUGCUAUUAAGGCAGGUGGACAACUUGCAUGUUAUGCUGCCAUAGCAAUGACCACUAUCGGUACAAGUCGUGACUUGUUCUUGGGUGUUGGAUUGGACCACUUAACAGUCAUUGUGAAUGAGAAAUGUUUUGAUGCUGCUCUGAGGAUUGUGGCAAACGUGACACCAAUAUUUUUUGGUUGUCCAGAUAAACUUACACAGGAAGCAAGGUUUGUGUCAGUGAUCCAUCGUUUAAGCCAGCUAGACAGUGAUAAUGCAGGUUAUGCUGAGAAGCUUCUUCAAGCCUCCACGGUUGGACAGUACUGUAAGAGGCUGGUGGGAAUCAUGCAGAGCCAUGUUCAGAAGUUUCAGGCCCCUGGUAUGGUAGGAUCAGUCAGUGUUGUGGAAUUUUGGUUGCUAACUUUGUGUUCAUUGCCGAAUUGGUACAGGGAUGUUUGUGUGCAGUUUUUACUCGACAACCUAAUCAAAAUUGCAGUAAGAGUCGAGGGAAGCCUUUCAAUGAUACAGACUCACCUCAUAGAAGCCUACCGGGUGCUACUCAAAGAAACUGGCAGUCAAGGUGUUCUUGCUUCUAUUGUCUCUUGGGUGACUUCCAGCAGCAACGCUCCGCCUGUCCUGUGGGAUAUUAAGGCCAGCCCAGACUACAGUUACUAUGCCUAUUGUGUGCUGUGCAUGGAAACUCAGAUGGAAGAGAAUUCUGGACUCUCUGUAGAAAUGAACAAGAGAUUGCUGAAGAAGCCUGAUGCCACAGUCGACGCAGUGCUUAAGAAAGUAGUGAAGACUAUGAAAUUAUCAUGGACACCUCUUCUGUCCAGCCUCUCCAUCUAUCGUUGGGCCAAUCAGGCCAUGGUUACAGAAGUGGAUCAUCCCAUGUUACCGCUGAUCUGGCAACGCUUCUUUAGACUUUACCUGCAGAGGCCAGUCACACAACCUGGGCUUGCUCAGCGGGCUUGUGUGGGUUAUCGUUUCUUUGAGAGCCAAGGUUACAGCUCAAUGCUUAAGAAGAUGAAGCAAAGACUGCAAGCAACAGCUGAACAUCACCGCAAUAGAUCAGUGGAGACUGGGGCAGACCAUGAUGCAGUGAUGGACAGUGACCGUGAAAUAAGCAAGCAGUUUGAGCACACAAGAGCUUUACAUGAAAAACUCUCAGGGUUUUAUCAAACUCUUGUUCUGUGGCUGGAUGAACCCAGGCUUCAUGAUCCCGAUCUCUACUUGCCGUCAUUACCGCCUCCUUAUGAUCCAGCCCGGCUGGAAACAUUGCUCAAAUCUGAACUGGAACCGUGGAAUGACUUGCUCUUCGUGAACAAGAUUGAUUUGGAAAUAACCGAGUCUGUGCGCUGCUGGGUGAAGCAUGCCCUGGGUCCACAGAAGAAGCCUGUUGAGGGUAAAGUAACUGGACAGUGGAAUGACAGGAAUUCAGAGACAGCUGCCUCAAGGAUCAUCAGAAGAAUGAAAACACAUCCUGCCCCCCUACACCCUCCCCCUGUAAAAAGAUUAGAACCCAUCCUACCCCCCAUGACUGAUGCAUCACUAAUGAACAAACAGAGGCUACUGAACAUUGUUUAUAGUCAGCUACAGGGAAUAGUUAGUCAUGCAAGAAAGUUUUGUGGUCUUGUUGGUCAGCACGUCUCCUUGGACAUUGAAUAUAUUGAGUUAAUACCCAAAAUGUACUCGAACGAGAUGUCGCAGGUUGUAGUACAAGUACCUUGCCGCAAUAAGGUGUUCAAGGAAGGAACUCAGUGUCGGGGACCCGCUACUCUCACCAUCAAGUUCCUGGCUAAACGUCCCAACGAAGUUGUAAUCCGAAAAAUUGCUGAUAAUCGCCGUGAACAGGAACAAGUUGUACAGAACUUCAUUCAGCCAUGCCCUGCGCAGUUGUGCGAGUCUGCCGCGUAUAUUGAAAGUAUCAUUACCUCAUUAGUGAACAAAGCAAAAGGUUCUUCAGAGAGGAGAGUGAAAGAAAUUAUCAGCGACAUUGGCACAGCGUUGUUUUACCAUGUUACCGGAGCAAUGGACGAUAAUGUGAUGAACUACCAACCGACUGUCCAGUUCUUUACGUCCUGUGUCGAUAUACUGGGAAAGGAGUUUAUAAUGAACAACUCUAGCCAAACAGAGCAGCUGUUGUCUGCCAUCUUGGAGCACUCUUCAGUGUCAAUGCAGUUGGUUACCUUUUUCAGUCCCAAUGAUAACUCGGACUCGUUUACUACCAUGUAUCGCCGAAUCCUGGAAUCAACUGACGACGAUCUUGUUUUCUCUCUGCUCACUAAGUUUGAGUUGCGAAAGUGGUUCUCAUCACCAAACAGCAAUCUUAUGGAAAGAUCGGCUUUGACGUCUGCCGUGUUUGAGGCACUCAACACUGUUGGUUAUGAGCCUGCAAGUACCAAGAGAGCACUUCUAGAUGUCUACCUUCGCCACUUGUCUACUGUCUUGAUGUACAAUUUUCCCGAGCAGUACAGUGAUGCACUGAGGUUAUUGUGUGAAGGCUCCAGUAAGCGGACGCUUUGUCUUGAUGUAUGGAGCACGUUUAUGUCCUGCAUCGGCUGUGUUCCAACCACUGAAAAUGAGCAAAAGACACCAUCAAAGGGAGUGCUCGGAGAUGAACAGGUGCUAGAAACUCUGGACUGGCUCACCAGGUACUUCAGUGGUCAGCGGGCUGAAUUGGGAGGUCAUGUGACUGGUGGCCUCUACACCAUGUGGAGGCCGUACAUCAAGCAGCUGUCUUUUGUCCUCGGUUUCAUGUGUCAACAGAUCGUCGUAAGAAGAGCUGCUGUGGUCUUUGCUAACAAGGGACAAGGACUAGACGCAGUGUUAACAGAGCUUUGGACGCUAAUCUGUCGAGUGUUUGAUCCGUGGAUUUGCUCUCAAGAAUCUCCUAUUCCAGGGAAUGCUCCGGUAGCUCCUUGGAAUGAGAGUGAAGUUCCUCAAGCCUCAGACAUGAUUGCCUUGUUCACUGACACAUUGAACUGCCUACAGGCUCAUUUAAAUGCUCCGUACAGCAGUACAUCAAUGAUGAACAUGUUCUGGAGUUUCUUCGUGUCGUCACUAUCCAAGGAAGGAAUACCUGAUUACGUGUUGCGCGUGUAUCGCUCCAAGUUCUUCCUCCUUCCCUGGCAAAGGUUUCUACCGACACUGCAUAACAUGGAACUCAUGCAGGAGCUGCAUGGCGUGUGCAAGAACAGCUUUAGGUUCCUUGGUCUUGUAUUUCCUCUAAUGGACUGGAAUAGAAUCAUUUCUGCUUACUGUGAAGGUCAAACAGCCGAGGCAGUGGCCCGGCUCCAUUCGUCCUUGUUUCAUCUCCUUGUCAUGUUUUCUAACGAGAAGAGCAUCAUGAAUGUACAGGGAUCUAAGAUGCCUGAAUUACUUGACAGUGCACUGAUAUUUCCUUGGCAUUACCUAGAUGGCAGGUCUUUCGAGCUAGUCGUGUCCUGGCAAAUUAAUAACGGUGAAGCAGAGUUAGUGCUAGAGGCGAAAUCGUCAAUUUUGUACGCUUUGAGGUUAAUCAGAGCUGCUGCAGGAAUCGUGGUGUCCAGCGACGGUUCCAUGCAACCUACACGUCCAGACACUGCUGCUAAGCGCGCGUCCUAUGUUCGCUGUGUAGCUAGUCUGCUGUCUAAAUGUUCAAUGAACACAAAACUUAAAGCCAAGUCUUACGGUCCUGUCAUCGAGUUUGUUCUGAAAGAUGUCCAGUCUGUUGCUGGGUCAGGUGUGGAUCCUGCAAGCACUGCAUCUGAAGUGUGUCUGAUGAUGUCCGAAGUACUCAAUCUAUUGAACAACUGCUCUCCCGUGGGGGAUGUACUCAGUGUUACUUUAGACUUUGUAUUACAGUUUAUCCGGGAGUCUUCCUGUACCAUGCUCGUAUUAGCCUCCAUCCCAGCAGCUUGUAGGACUCUCGCUAACAUCCAAUUCAUGGUAUCUGUUGUGGAAACUGGAAUCGAGUCAUUUUUUGCCAAGCAUUUGCCCCCAACCCCUUCCGAUUCUCAAGCGGACGCUGACGCGGGCUGGGGACAAGUGGUCACUAGUGUGGCAGUCCCAGAGCUCGCGCAAGAUGAAUUUGUUCAAGAGUGUGUCAAACAAGGCGCUCUACUGACUCUGUACACAAACAUCCUCCUGAAGCUGUCCUUGUGCCAGAGCCCUGCCCAGGAGAUGACUGUCCUGACCGAUAUGGUCACGUGGUGUACCCGCAUGAAAGUCAAACGUGCAUUUGAAUCCAAAGUUGUGUUGCUGUGGCACAAGAUUCUUCAGCUGUCUGUGAGACAGGUUUACUAUGCGACUGGGCCGCUACAUGACCUCACAAAACAGCUUUCAUUCCUGGCGUCAAGUCUGCAUUCCUUGGGAGAGGACAAAGCUUCGACUGGCUUGUUGGGAGCUAUUGGGUUUGGAAAGAAAUCUCAGCUUAGUGUACAAUUCCGGUUCAUGUGCAGGGCAUUAGAAGCAUUUCUUUUGGCGCAGAUGCCGUCUAAUUUACUUCUCAGACUGGAAGCUAGAGCGCCAGGAUAUGUCCGAGAACCGAAAAGGACUAAACAGCAAGCAUCUGGUGGGCGCGUUAUUUCCUCCACUGCUGAAGCCGAACAAGCUCUGAGUAACUUGGAAUCUCUUCGUAUUAACAAGCAGUACACGAGUUUAGCAGAGUGUAUACUGGAAGCUCACACGUUCAUCGCUAAUCCACUACAUUCUCUGAUGGAAGGGCCGCAGUUUGUAGCCAAGCUUGUCCGACAGCUUUUUCCUAACGACAGAGCAUUGGCUAUCGUCGCGAUAUGAAUUAUAGGAAUUGUGAUAAAGAUAUAAAUUAUAUAUUUCCACAAUUGUAUCUUGUGUAAAGGUUAUCAGAGGAAAUAGCUGGUAAACCUGAACAGACAGAGUUAGAUAUUCAACGUGUCUGAUCCUCAGCCACCCCCCAACCCCACACCACCUUUAGCAAACCACCCCCAGACCAGCAGAAUUGUGGAGGCCUGGUUCAUGCGUUACGCGUCACUUGCCAAACCAUGGUGAUGUUGCCGGUUUAUCAACCGUACAUCCCAUAGCUUUGGUCAAACGAAGAAAAAAGAGUUACGACCCAGUACGAUGGCUGUUUUAGAAAAUCUAUUUAUCAAAUUCAGUAAAUCUGACUUUUCUUUAUUAAAUUUACUCAACCUUUCAUUUUUCCUUUCCUAAUGAUGGGAAAAUAAGGGAAGGUCUGGUAUUUCACUGUCGAUCACUAAAUGGCGUUCUUGGUAACUUUUCGCCAUCUCGAGGACUCAUCUUUGACCUUGUUGUUUAGCAAUUAUUUAGUAUUUAGAGUUAACUUAACCUACCUGCUGAGUAUUCCAUCUAGUUUCGACAGUGUUUCUCUCCGCUGCUUGGAGAACAAAAACUUCUGUACCAGUCAGUGGAACAAGCCACGAAACCGCUUCUCCUACAUUGUACUCAACUGGCAGAAGCUGUGGUCGGUAUGUCGCUAUUAACACGAUUUUCGUGCGUGUCAUUUCUUGAACCUCUCGAUAACUCGAACCAAGUCCUUUCUAGGCUUUUCCGAUUUCUGGAACCAAUUUUUAUUCCCCUCGAAGUUGGGGAAAUCGAGUUUCCACCCUAGAUGCGUACAAUCCUCGGUGAAUUGCGAGAAUUUGCCUUGACUUUGAUUGAGCAGCGAGAAUCGGAAAAUCUUCGGUUUAUAUCUUUUCAGUCGUGAAAAAACGGGUGAAAAAGUAUGAGAUAUGAACCGAAGAUUUUUUGAUUUUUGUUGCCCAAUCGGAGUCGAGGCAAAUUCUCGUAAGCUGCCGAAGAUUUGCGCAUUUUUAAUGAUAGCUAAGUUUCCCCAAAGCGCUUGUUUUACGGACUGGUACAUGGCAAAAUUAAAUGGUUAAUUUGUUGUUAUCUUUAUGUGAAAUAGUUUGUACUGUACUGGAAAAGACGAAAAUGAUUGUAAAAUGCCAAAAUUAAAUUAAAUUGUUAGCCAAGUCAUCUUGGCUUUAAUGUGUUAUAGAUUUGUCAUUAAAAAAUCACAAUGGGAAAAGUGUGA